AAACAAACAAACAAAGCAAGAAAAAGUGCCGUCAGCCAAGACGCUACACCUGGAGACCGGGAACAGUAUGCACCCUGCGAAGGGCGAUGGAGGGAUGACGGGAGUGACAGUUAAUCGAUUCGCCGGAGAGGUGCCUCCGUCUGGGAUGUCCAAGAAUGGAUACUUCUUCCAAGAAAUGGAGCAGCGGGAGGCGGACCAGGAGGAAGGCAGCGAGGGCCGAGAGGAGGGACAGGACUCGCCCAUUGCCUGCGGAGACGACAUCCAUCUCUAUGACAACCAGAGCAGCCCCGGGCCAGAUUCCGACGAUUCAGGAUGUGUGUUACUGAACACAUCAAGAAGGUAUGUUAAGCUGAUGAACUUUGAGGAGGAGGUCAGGGCACACCGGGACCUGGACGGUUUCCUGGCGCGGGCCAGCAUCCUGCUUGACGAGACGGCGGCGUCCCUGGAUGACGUGCUGAAGAGGAUGCUGCACCACGUGGGUCAGGAGAGCCACACGGCCGAGCCCGGCUGCAACUUCGAGGAGGUGAUGAGUAUGCUGUUUACUGACGCCGGGGCCCAGGAGGUCAAUGUUCAUCUGCUUUCGGAGACCAUCCAGGGAGUGACAGCUACAGCCACAGGAAUCCAGUACCAGCAGUCAUGGCUCUGUAUCCUCUGCAACGUGAAGAGUCUGCAGAGGCGUCAUGUGUGCAUCUCCCGCCUAGAGAGGCCGCAGAACUGGGGAGAGAAUUGCUGCGAGGUCCGCUACGUGAUCCUGAUCCUGGCCCCGCUCAAAAUGAAAAGCACCAAGACGGCAAUGGAACUAGGAAGGACGUUCGCCACCAUGUUCUCCGAUAUAUCCUUCAGGCAGAAGCUUUUGGAGACCAAGACACAGGAGGAGUUCAAGGAGGCUCUGGUGUUUCAACGGCACCAGCUGACGGCAGCUAAUCAGCAGCCUGUUGCUGUGGAGGAGGAGGAGACUGACCCACGUAGCCACAAACCCCUCAAGUGUAAAGAUUUUUUCAAAGCUGGCCGAGGGAUCUAUGAAGACUUGUGUCGCAGACUGCCUCUCUAUCCCUCUGACUUUACAGAUGGUGUGGUUGGCAGUAAUAAAACACUGCUGAAGUACAUGACCACCGCCAUCUUCCUCUACAUCGCCAUCCUGCUCCCUGCCAUCGCCUUUGGCUCCCUCAAUGACGAGAGCACACGUGGCGAGAUCGAUGUUCGGAAGACAAUCAUUGGUCAGAGCAUCGGUGGGGUCAUCUACUCUCUGUUUGCUGGUUCUCCUCUGGUCAUUCCCCUCACCACAGCACCCCUUGCCAUCUUCAUCAGUGUGAUCCGAGGAAUCUGUGAUGACUAUGAAUUGGACUUUCCGGCGUUUUACGCGUGCAUCGGCCUGUGGAACAGCCUCUUCCUCAUCCUAGGAGGAAUCUUCAACGUUAGCCUCUUGAUGAAGCUCUUCAAAAGAUCGACAGAAGAAGUGAUUGCUCUGUUCAUUUCAAUUGCAUUUGUGGUUGAUGCAGUCAAAGGAACAAUCAAAAUAUUUCACAGGUAUUACCACAGCCCAACACUGUCUAAUGGGAGCAUAGAGGCCUUCAAUCAGCUACAUGGCAGGGGGGGCCUGCCAGGUGCCAACGGGAGUGAAUUGGUGGCAGGGUUGGCGCGCAGCGCCUUCCCAGAAUCCCUCAUCCAAUGCACCCGUGAGAGGCCUCUCCUCUGCCUCCUGCUCAUGCUGGGGACAUUAUGGAUGGGCUACACCCUCUACCAGUUUAAGAGGAGUCCGUUCCUGCAUGCCAAAGUAAGGGAGGUGUUGUCAGACUGCGCUCUACCAAUCUCUGUGCUAAUGUUCUCCUUCAUUGGCUCUUACCUGUUCAACGACAUUGAGCUUCCAGUGUUCAAAGUUCAUGACAGGCCCAUCUUCAACCUGGCUCCAUUUGAACGACUAUCAGCCAUGAAUGUGGUCAGUGCCAUGGGCCUUGGCUUCCUCCUGGCCCUCCUUAUCUUCAUCGACCAGAACAUUGUUGUCUCGCUGACCAACGCACCAGAGAACAGGCUCCUGAAGGGGACAGCGUAUCACUGGGACCUCAUGCUCUCCGGCCUCAUCAACAUACUAAUGUCCGUACUGGGGUUGCCUUGGAUGCAUGCAGCCUUCCCCCACUCCACCCUCCAUGUUCGCCAGUUGGCCUUCGUGGAGCAACGCGUGGAAGGUGGCCACCUCUACGAGACUAUUGUCCAGGUGAAGGAGACCAGGCUGACCUCCCUAGCGGCGAACAUCUUCAUUGGCGUGUCCGUCCUGCUGCUGCCAGUCCCCCUGCAGUGGAUCCCCAAGCCCGUCCUCUACGGUCUGUUCCUUUACAUAGCCCUCACCUCCAUUGACGGAAACCAGAUGUGCGACCGCAUGGCUCUGCUUCUCAAAGAGCAGACAUCUUACCCGCCCACCCACUACAUCCGCAAAGUGCCCCAGAGGAAGAUCCACUACUUCACCUUCCUGCAGAUGAUGCAGCUGCUGAUUCUCUGCACGUUCGGCAUGUACCCGAUACCUUAUAUGAAGAUGAUCUUCCCCCUCCUCAUGAUCCUGCUUAUCCCAAUCAGGAACAACGUGCUUCCUCAUAUUAUUGAGGCCAAAUACUUGGACAUAAUGGAUGCUCAACACAUGUAGCUACAGGCGGAGACCAGCUCCCGGUCCGCGUUAAAAAACCCGGGGGGAAAAAACAACAACAACAACAACAACAAAAUAAACAGAAAAGGAAAAAAAUGAAAAAGGUAUUUUUAAAUGCAAAACUGAACGAGAGCAAAAAGGAAAAAUACUGACUGUUUGACUUUGUAUUUGAGAAGAACAAUCAUUCAGGUGAAGCACUGGAAAGGUGGGAUGUUUUGUGAUGGAGAGGAAGAGGAAGAGACAGACAGAGACGUCGUCCCCGGCAUGGAGCGACCGCAUCCCUCCUACCAGGGUUAGGAGCUCUGACACGAGGUGGACUGACCACGGCUCCCUGUUUCUCCUUCAUUCCCACCACCUCACAUGAGCUGAGUGCCGUAGACCCUUUCAUGCCUUCUUUGUUUUUCUUUUUGUUUUGGUCU